UCCUCCACUUGGCUUCUGCUUUUGUAUGAUUCGCUUUCUUUCGUUUCUUUUCGUUUGCUUUCCUCGGGCUUUUUCUAUUGUGGCAUUUCCUUGUACUAAUUGCCUGAAAGCUCUGCUUGUUGUCGACCUUCUUCCCCUCAGCCUUAUUAUCUCUUUUUGGAUGAGCCCUCAGCUUUAUUAUUUGUUAAGUUAUCGCACCGGCAAUUUCCGUGGCCCAUCAUCAGAAACCGUCUGUCUUCUUUUCGCUCUUUCAGACCUCCGUUUCCCGUCGCGGUGUCGUCUCUAUCGUAAGGCAAGUGCUCCUCCCAUCUCCGCCCUGCCCUUGCUUGUCAAAGUUAGCGGGUACUUUUUCCAUCCGCAUAAUCUGCUAUUGUUGUCGUUUGCCUGCUAAGUUGGAUGACCUUCUUGACCAGGUUUGCUUUCUCUGGGUUCUUUUGACAGCAGCCCAGAGUUGUUUUCAUUUCUAUGGUUUAUAGAAGUUGGUCGCUUUUUGGGGCUUCCCCUUGUUGUGGGUUUAUCGCCGGGAAUUUUCUCGAUAUAGAAAUUUCUUUAGGGUUCUGCAUUCUGCUGCUCUUCUUAGUUCUUCUUAGGAGCUGUGUUGGGUGCUCAGUUGGUGAAAGUCCCGUAACUUAUAUACGAACAUCUCCUCGUAGUAAAUUGCAUGUUCCUGUGUUAUACUGUAGCUUUCUUUUGGGGUUUUGCUCCUUGACUUCAUUUGGAGAACUCUACUCUUCUAGGGACCCGUAUCUUACAUCUUCUUAGCUAAUGCCUGUUGAAGAUAUGAGCCUAACAUUUUCUAGGGAUUACUGUUUUCACUUUCUUGUGGAGAACUUAAUGAAGUUUGUCUUGCAGAACCAAUUGGAAGUGAUUAGGAUCUCACCAUAUUGUGCCGUCUAGCUAAACAGCUAAGCAGAUUCCUCGGUUAGAGUGUGCUCAAGAUGGAUCUGAAAGGCAUCACCUGGGUUGGAGAUGCCUAUCAGAAGUUCGAAGAUAUCUGUUUGGAAGUGGAAGAAAUUAUGUAUGAGGACACUGUUAGAUUUGUUGAGAAUCAAGUGCAGACAGUUGGUGUUAGCAUGAAGAAGUUAUAUGCAGAUGUCAUGCAGGAUUUGUUACCCUCAGGCUCGGAAGAUCCUGCAAAAGGGACUGGUUGUGGUAGGGCUGAAGAAGUGUACCCUGAUCUGGGGAUAUUCUUGAUGCCCAAAGCAACUGUGAGGAACAAUCAUCAUAAGGUUCAUGAUAAGGGGCAGUUGAGUGAGCCUUUGAAAAGCGUCGGUGUCAAAAGUCCAGAUCUUCCACCUGCCUUCCUUCGCCAUGUAGAUAAUCUUUUCCCUCUGUUUCAAGGAGACACUGCGGGAGGUGUCCAAGGGAAAUCUACUAAAGGAAGUCUGUCAAGAAAGUUAGAUUUGGGGGUCAUCAAGAGCUCUAAGAGGGAGUCAACAUGUCAAGAUGAAUUGUCAGGGUUAGCCUAUCCUGCUACUAAUUCUUCACCACGUAAGUCCUCAACUAUAAGUCGCAAAGCAUCAUUUGAUCAGCAACCUACACUUGCAAGUUCAGGUUCUCUCCAUAUUUAUGGGCAUGACCCUGUUCAAGAAAGCAAAACUGAUGUGGUUGAUCCAAAAGCAGUGGUGCUUGCUCCUUCAACUGUUGAUAUGGUGUUUGAUAGAGCCAAUGCCGUAGAGCUAGGGAAUUGUGAGUGUUUGGAUGCAGGACUUCCUCCUUUUGAUAACCCUUUGGCAGAAUCAAAUGGCAUCUAUGUCUCUGAGGAUGGGUCCUCGACAAAUGCAAGUGCACUAUCCAGGAGAUUUGCUUAUACAGAGGACUACGCUUCUAAUUCAGGAAGGCCCAGUGACUGGGAUAUAGACAUGAUUGUUGAGGACCGUUGUAUUGAUCGAGAAAUGGAAAGUACUCAACGAGUUGAUGCGGCAUUGCUCGAGGAAACAUGCAAGGUUGUCAGUGAAGAUGAAUUUGAUUUUGUUUCUCAGCCAAAGGGAAAAGGUUUUCCUUACAAGAAGAGAAUAAAGGCUGUUUUAAGGGCAUUGAGGAAGCAGCAACAUGACAAGCUUGCAGAAUUGAAGUCUGUUGGGAUAAGUUCAUCAGGUGCUACCAUUGUGGAAGCUACCAAAUCCCAGGCCCUUGAAGCUGAAUGGGAGGUGAUUUAGGUACCAAGAUAUCAAUUUAUUAUGUACACACAAAAAUAUACAUGUAUGCAACAUAAUUCCAGAGCUUAUGCAGCCUCCACUUGUGUACAUAUAAAAGGUGAUUAAUAUUAUGCUGUGCCACCAUUAAACAAUGAAGGUAGAAAUGUAUUGUUAGAGUUGCUAAAUAACACUGCUCUCAGAACAGCAGAUCGCUGCUGCUACUAAUUUUAUUUGUUAAUCAUGCUCGAAAAUGUUCUUACUUG